AUUGCAUCUCAUGGAUUCCCGACUACUGGCGUGUCAACCGACUUGUCGGUGUCAUUCUUGGCUGCAUCUGGCAAAGGCAGCACUGUUGUUUUUGAUGCGCAAGUGUUCAAGAUGGGGCGCACGCUGGCAUACACCAGGGUAGACAUCUUUAGCAACGACAAGAUGAUUGCUACUGGUAGUCAUACAAAGUUUGUGGCCAGGGAGACAGCAGUUGCCGCUGGAUCUGUCAAGAAAGCUGGCGAGUAA